GCUUCUCGUCUACUCUCGCCUCCAUCUUCAGUGUUCCCUGCUUCAGCAUCCUUCCUUACCAAAGUAUCAUCGAGAGAGCAAUUGGGGAAAGGGAAUGGCAUCUUCUGACGAUGAAGCCGAAGCAGAGAUAAAAUCUGUAUCAAACUAUGAUUUUGUAGAUGAUGACGAUGAGCCUAUAUCAUUCUCGGUGUUACCAGUUCAGUGGAAAAAGGACGAGCUUUUGGGUGGAAAGAGGAAGCACAUAUUUUUGUGCGGGGAUGCUGAUAAUGGCAAUAUGAAGAUUUAUGAAGAAGUUACUGCCUGGAAAUUUGAUUUGUCAAGCCCAAAGCCUAGCCUGUGGGUACUGCAUAAAAAGAAGAGCUGGAUCCUGCUUGAGAAACCAAGGAAGGCCUAUGAGGAUACAAUUAUUAGAACAAUAGUGGUUACUCUGCAUUGCUUGCAUUUUUUUCGAAAAAAUCCCGGCGCUUCUCUUAAAUCCUUGUGGGAACUUCUGCACCAGGUUUUCAGUUUUGAGCCAAAGCCUUCGGAGAACGACCUAGUGGAGCACAUUGAUUUUAUUAGUGAAACUUUGAAGCAUGAUGAACUUCUGGCCAAAUCUAAGGUUUUAGUUACAUUCCUUAAAGAGAGGCCUACAAAGAAGAGAAUUGUUGAUGAGGUAAAGGAUAAAACCCUUUCAGGGUUCAUAGUUGACGAUCUAGGUGAUGAAAGUUAUGAAGGCAGAUCUGAUGAUGAGGAAGAUGAUCAGUUUGAAUCUGUCUGUGCAAUCUGUGACAAUGGUGGUGAAAUUAUUUGCUGUGAGGGGAAGUGCCUGAGGUCAUUCCAUGCUACUGAAGAAGCUGGCAGUGAUGUGGACCCCCCUUGUGAAUCUCUUGGAUUGACUCACGAACAAGUUGAAGAUAUCCAGAAAUUUUAUUGCAAGAAUUGUCUAUACCAAAAACAUCAAUGCUUUGCCUGUGGAGAGUUGGGGUCAUCAGAUCUAUCCUCUGGUGCUGAGGUUUUCCGUUGUAUUAAUGCUACUUGUGGUCGCUUUUACCAUCCACAUUGUGUGGCCAAACUGCUCAAUCGCAGUAAGAAGUUAAAUAUGGACAGUCUUCAGAAAAAGAUUGCUGCUGGAGAACUGUUUGCUUGUCCCAUGCACCAAUGCUUUGUUUGCAAUCAGAUUGAAGACAAGAAAAAUAAGGAUAUGCAAUUUGCUAUCUGCAGGCGGUGCCCUAGAGCAUAUCAUAGGAAAUGUUUACCAAGUGAGAUUGUAUUCGAAGAUGAUGAAGAGCAGGAUAUUGAUGAACAACAGAAUACAGUAGCAAGGGCUUGGGAGAAUCUUAUUCCUAACAGAAUAUUGAUUUAUUGCUUAGAGCAUGAGAUUGAUGUUGAAAUUAAGACGCCAGUAAGAAACCAUUUAAAAUUUCCUGGGGUUAAUAAACAUAAAGUAAAGCAGAAUACUAAGAUGCUGGAGAAAAAAAGGAUCAUACGGAAAAGUAGUGGCCCUUUGCAUGAAACUGAAGAUGUGAGCCAAAAUAGUGUUGCCAAGCACUCAAAAGGUCUGCAUAAGCCAUCCACUGGAUCUGUUGGUGUACUUUCCAAAAAAAGAGAGGGAAAGUUUCCCCCACCCAGUAUUUCUAAGAAACAGAAAGUGAUGGGUACUACCAAAAAGAGUGCAGAUAAGGCUUCCUCUGCUAAGUCUCAACCUGGUGCAGCUGAAGGCAAAAUGACUUUAGGGCAAAUGCUAUUUGAGCUGAAUCAACAAAGGUGCAGUGAUGCCGAGCCAGUGGAUUCGAAUAAAGUGACUAGAGUUUCACUUGCAAAGGAGGAACCAAGCAGCUCAUCAAAUCUUGAUGCUGAUUCAGAAAAAAGAAUACAGGAUCUUAUGAAAGAGUCUUCCAAACUUACUCUUGACGAGGUUUUGAAGAUGCUCAAAGUGCCAACUGAACAUGCAUACUCUUCAAAAGUUGCAAUAGAUCGCUCUAUAACCUUAGGAAAGGUUGAUGGGUCUAUUAAGGCAAUUCGUACAGCAUUACAAAGGCUAGAAGAAGGGGGAAGUGUUGAUGAUGCAAAAGUAGUUUGUGAUCCUGCUCAUCUUACACAGAUAAUAAAAUGGAAGAACAAGCUAAAAGUGUAUCUCGCUCCAUUUUUAUAUGGCAUGCGCUACACCUCAUUUGGUCGCCACUUCACUCAGGUGGACAAGCUAAAGGAGAUUGUGAAUAUGCUUCAGUGGUAUGUUCAAGAAGGUGACACUAUUGUGGAUUUCUGCUGUGGUUCCAAUGAUUUUAGUUGCCUUAUGAAAAAGAAGGUCGAUGAGAUUGGGAAGAAAUGUUCUUUUAAAAAUUUUGACAUUUUGCAACCAAAGAAUGAUUUUUGUUUUGAGAAGAGAGACUGGAUGACUGUCCAGCCGAAGGAAUUACCCCCCGGGUCAAAGUUGAUUAUGGGGUUAAAUCCUCCUUUUGGGGUGAAUGCAGGGCUUGCCAAUAAGUUUAUUAACAAAGCCCUUGAGUUUAAGCCAAAGCUCCUCAUCCUUAUCGUCCCCCAGGAGACCCAACGACUUGAUGCUAAAAAGAAUGCUUACGAUCUCAUUUGGGAGAAUGAGGAGCUACUAAGUGGAAAGGCUUUUUAUUUGCCGGGAUCAGUUGACGUGAAUGACAAAACAUUGGAUGAUUGGAACGUAUCGGCACCUCCCCUUUAUCUUUGGAGUCGUCGAGAUUGGACCUCCAAACACAGAGAAAUUGCUGAACAGCAUGGGCACCUGCUGCCGACUACAAAGGAGGACAGAAACCAGUCUCAGAAGACCACCGCCGCCGCCCCUGUCCCUAAAAAGGAGGACCAAAAUCAAUCUGAGAAGACCACCACCACCACCACCGUCCCUGUCCCCAAAAAGGACCAAAAUCAGUCUGAGAAGACCGCCGCCGCCGCCGCCACCACUACCGUCCCUUCCACCACCCCCACCGCGGAUGAUGAUUCCAAGCCACCCUCGAGAGAGGUAGUGGUAGAAACUGAGAAGGCCGAGUCUACCCCACCCGCACCAGCAACAGCAACUGUUGAAAAAGUCAAGAAUGGUCCUAAACCUGGAAGUGGGAAGAAGCAACCUGACAACUUUAGGGGGAAGGGUGGUGCGCUUCGAAACUUCAAGAAGCAACAGGGCAGGAGGGACUCUUUCGUCAAUCCACCGCCACCCGCAGGUGCGAAAGCCGCUUUGCCAGCAUCCCCCAACCCAUCACCCACCACCGUCUCCCCUGGCGGUAAGCGGCAGCCACCACGUGGAGGCAUUAAUAAUAAUAAAAAUAACAACAAUAAUAAUACUAAUUUACGUGGGCCCACUGGAAAAGCCGCCAUGCCACAUCGUCCUUCGCCCAAUUUCUCCGCCAGGAAAAGAGCAAUGCAGUGGCGGCGAGAAGGAAACAAUAAUAACAACAAAGCCGGGGACAUGCCAAAUCAUCCCUCAGCCAACGUCUCCACCAGGAAGAGAUCAAUGCACUGGCGCCGCGAAGAAGAAAACAACAACAACAGUAACAGUCCUCGCCCUAGUUCCUCGCCAGGCUUAGCCCAUAUGCCUCCACCCAAGCGCCACGACAGAAUGCCGCCGUCCGUGGAGUUCGACGUGGUGAACAAAUACUUGGGAGACAGAUGGGAUAGCCCUCCGAGGGGCCCACCGGAGUACGCCCCACCGCCUCAUCAUCAUGCUCCGCCAGCUCAUAUGUACGGCCACCACGAUCACCUCGGCCGGUAUGGCGGCGGUGGGCCCGGCUUUGCGGACCAAGCCCAUGGCUUUUAUAAUGGGCCGCCGCCGCAAGGUCGCAUGGGGUGGGGCCAACCGGAGCGGCACGAUGUGAGCCAGUCGAGGGUGAGGACGAUGGAUGGGUUUGACACUCCCCAGGGCCCUCCUCCUCCUCCGACUAGUAAUAGUUUUAAUUCGCUUAGCUUCGCGCAAGGCCCUUACCGCCCCGCUCCACAUAACGACUCUGGCUGGCUAUAUGAGUAGAUGUCUUAGUUCUCUGGAGGAUUAGUGUUUUUUUCACUUUGCUUGUCAUAAUAAAACUGUUGUAGUAGUAGUAAUAAUAAUGAUUAGUGUUUCUG